UUAAUAACCUAUACAUAAAGCAAUUAUAUUUAAAAAAUGAUAGUGUCCUCCCAUGAUAUAAAUACAGAUCAAUUAAACCUAAAUAGUAAAUACAGAAAUUAAAUUAAACUUAAAGUGAGAAUUUACGUGUGUUGAGUCCGUGCAAUCAUGGGUGCUUCGUUAGAAGAAUUAAAAAACGAAAAUAUUGAUCUGGAACGACUUCCUAUUGAGGAAGUGUUUGAGGUGCUGAAAUCAACAAGAGAAGGUUUGAGCAGUGAUGAUGCAGAGAGGAGGGUCUCAAUAUUUGGGCCAAACAAGUUGGAAGAGAAAAAAGAAAGUAAAUUGCUUAAGUUCUUGGGAUUUAUGUGGAAUCCUCUCUCAUGGGUUAUGGAAUCUGCUGCUAUCAUGGCCAUUGUUUUGGCUAAUGGAGGGGGCAAACCACCAGAUUGGCAAGACUUUGUUGGUAUAGUUGUUUUGCUUAUCAUCAACUCAACAAUUAGUUUCAUUGAAGAAAACAAUGCAGGCAAUGCUGCAGCUGCUCUCAUGGCUGGUCUAGCCCCCAAGACAAAGGUUUUGAGAGAUGGAAGGUGGAGUGAGCAAGAUGCUGCAAUAUUGGUGCCAGGAGAUGUUAUCAGUAUCAAGUUGGGAGACAUUGUCCCUGCUGAUGCUCGUCUCUUACAAGGCGAUCCCUUAAAGAUUGAUCAAUCUGCGCUUACUGGCGAGUCUCUCCCUGUUACCAAGCAUCCGGGCAGCCAGGUCUACUCUGGCUCCACCUGCAAGCAGGGUGAGAUUGAAGCAGUUGUUAUCGCUACUGGUGUACGCACAUUCUUUGGGAAAGCUGCUCAUUUAGUGGAUAGUACUAAUCAAGUUGGUCACUUUCAAAAGGUUUUGACAGCUAUUGGUAACUUCUGCAUUUGCUCGAUAGUAAUAGGAAGUGUGAUCGAGGCCAUUGGGAUGGCAAUUCAACACAGAUCAUACAGAGAUGGUGUUGACAAUAUUUUGGUUCUCCUCAUUGGUGGUAUCCCAAUUGCUAUGCCAACAGUAUUGUCUGUAACCAUGGCUAUUGGAUCUCACCGUCUUUCGCAGCAAGGCGCUAUAACCAAGAGGAUGACAGCAAUUGAAGAGAUGGCGGGAAUGGAUGUUCUUUGUAGUGAUAAAACUGGAACUCUUACUCUCAACAAACUUACAGUUGAUAAGUCUUUGAUUGAGGUGUUCAAGGACAUAGAUAAGGACACUGUUGUCUUGCUUGCGGCUAGAGCUUCUAGAGUUGAAAACCAAGAUGCCAUUGAUGCUUCAAUCGUUGGGAUGUUAGGUGACCCCAAAGAGGCAAGAGAAGGAAUCACUGAGGUACAUUUUCUACCUUUCAAUCCUGUGGAUAAGCGCACUGCAAUCACUUACAUUGACAACAAUGGAAACUGGCAUAGAUGCAGCAAGGGUGCUCCCGAGCAAAUUAUUGAUCUUUGUAAUCUCACUGGCCAAGUAAAAGUAAAAGCACAUGCAAUCAUUGACAAGUACGCUGAACGCGGUCUUCGUUCCUUGGCAGUUGCACGACAGACUGUUCUAGAGAAAACAAAGGAGAGUGCUGGAGAACCAUGGGAGUUUGUAGGUUUGAUGCCUCUCUUUGACCCUCCAAGGCAUGAUAGCGCUGAGACUAUUCGCCGAGCUCUUGAGCUUGGUGUCAAUGUGAAGAUGAUCACUGGUGACCAACUUGCAAUUGGAAAGGAGACUGGUCGUAGACUUGGUAUGGGAACUAAUAUGUAUCCUUCAUCCUUUCUCCUUGGCCAGAAUAGAGAUGAAUCCACUGCUGGCAUUCCCAUUGAUGAGCUUAUUGAGAAUGCAGAUGGAUUUGCUGGUGUCUUCCCUGGUAAUAAUGAUAUUGUAUUAUUGAUAAUGAGGAUUCAUGGCAUUUUCUAUUCCCUAGUAUUGACUUAUUUGAUAUAUUUUUCAGAACACAAGUAUGAGAUUGUUAAAAGGCUACAAGAAAGGAAACAUAUAUGUGGUAUGACUGGAGAUGGUGUCAAUGAUGCUCCGGCACUUAAGAAGGCAGACAUUGGUAUAGCUGUUGCUGAUGCAACUGAUGCAGCUAGAAGUGCAUCUGACAUUGUUUUGACAGAGCCAGGAUUGAGUGUCAUCAUCAGCGCCGUGUUGACAAGCCGAGCCAUCUUCCAGAGGAUGAAGAAUUACACAAUUUACGCGGUUUCUAUUACAAUUCGUAUUGUGUUGGGAUUCAUGUUGGUAGCUCUCAUUUGGAAGUUUGAUUUCUCACCAUUCAUGGUUUUGAUCAUUGCCAUCUUGAAUGAUGGGACAAUCAUGACCAUUUCAAAGGACAGAGUCAAACCAUCUCCUAUGCCUGACUCAUGGAAACUAAAGGAGAUUUUCACUACUGGAAUUGUUCUUGGAACCUACAUGGCUCUCAUGACUGUACUCUUCUUCUGGAUUGCACAUAGCACAGAAUUUUUCUCUGAAAAGUUCCAUUUAACUCCUCUUAAGACCUUGCCUGAACUUAACUCAGCUCUCUACCUUCAAGUAAGCAUCAUUAGUCAAGCACUCAUCUUUGUGACCCGUUCAAGGAGUUGGUCUUUUGUUGAACGCCCCGGUUUCUUGCUUCUUGGAGCCUUCAUGGCCGCGCAACUGGUGGCCACUCUAAUUGCUGUGUAUGCAAACUGGGGUUUUGCUAAAAUCCAAGGAAUUGGUUGGGGAUGGGCUGGUGUGAUCUGGCUUUUCAGCAUUGUCACUUACUUCCCUCUUGAUGUUCUCAAGUUCAUGACUCGAUAUGCAUUGAGUGGCAAAGCCUGGAAUACCAUGCUUCACAGCAAGAUUGCUUUCACAACAAGGAGGGAUUAUGGAAGAGGCCAAAGGGAAGCUCAAUGGGCAUCGGCUCAACGAACAGUUGAUGGUCUUCAACCUCCAUUACCUCAUUACAACAACGAUAACCAUGAACUGUCUGAGAUUGCUGAACAAGCCAGAAUACGUGCUGAAAUUGCUAGGUUGACGGAGAACCGUACGUUGAAGGAUCGCGUUGAAUCUGUAGUGAUGCGCAAGGGGCUUGAGCUUGAUGAUAUUCGGCUGAAUUACACUUUGUAAAAAGUCAUCAUUCUUCAGAAAAAGUUUUUUUUUUCUUCAUUAUUAGGAUUUUCAUUUAGUUAUUUAUUUUUUUAGAUCAAAUUUUCACUUAGAUUUUGUCAUUUAUUUUUAGUUAUGCUUAAUGAUAUAGGAAAUUUUAGAUAUGCUUAGAGCGAUAUAUGGAAAAGAACUAAGAGCUCUAAUGUGUAUAUUGAGAUAUGCUUAUGUUAAUAUUGCAUGUGAAAUGUACAUAUACUUAGUUUGAUUUUUAAUUUUAUUUUAUUAAUGUAUAUUUUUAGUUAUAUAA